AAUAACUUCAAUCGAAUUUAUGUUGUGCAUGUUCAGUUGAAUUCGCCAACGGAACGCCACAUGUCGCGAUCAGAAGCAAGUGAGGCGGUGGAGCCGAACGCGCGCAAGCUGUGGAUCCACUGCAACAGCUGCUGCGUCCUGUUCUGCGACAAGCAGCACGCCUUCUUCCUGCUCGCCUGCCACCACGUAUUCUGCGAGCGGUGCAUCAAGGUCUCCGCCGGCCGGACGCCCAGCGACGCGCCCAUCUUCGAGUGCCCCACCUGCCGGCGGAGCGUCCGUGGCCGCCAGGUGAACAACUCAAUGCCCAACCACUUUAAGCAGCUAUUCCAUCCGGAACCCUUCACCGUAGGCAACGACUUUGUUGAGACUUUCCAGCGAGGCAACCACCGCCACUUCGACAAGUACAAGGAGAGAAAGGAAAUGGAGAUGGAAAAGCUGUGCAAGGACAUCGAGGUGGCCAAGUCCGUGUGCCAGAAACGCUUCCUGGAGGCGCAGAUGCUGCGCGUGGAGCGCAAGAAGCUGAUGCAGCGGUCGCGGUACAUAAAAGCGGAAGUGGCCAAUCGGAAGGCGGAAAUGCAUAGGAUUGCUCAGGCCUCUCGGAAUCGCUCGUUGACUUCCCAGGCCCCAUCAUCCGUCCAAAGUUCGGUCCGUGGACGUUCUCGUGGCCGUGGAACCUCGCACUCAUCCACUCAACGCCGAUUGAAGGAUUCAAGGGAUUCGUUCCGGAGUUCAUCAGCCAAACGCAAGCAGAUCACCAGCUUCAUUCACCCGCCCAAUCACUCGUUCGAUCUGUAA